ACACGGACAAAAACAACAAGAACAGACAUUCGCUGCUCUUCCGUUGCCCAUGACACCGGAGCGAAGUUCUGACAGCUGAUUUCCAAACCGGUUUCCGACACUUUCAGAACCCCAGGUCCCGGUUUUUGGCUCGUUUCCCAUUUGGAGGUGUUUGCUGCUUCCCAGCUGCGGGGUUCCUGACGGCGGGUUUACCGGGAUACAGCGGCUGAUUAUGGUGUAGCACGGAACGUUAGCUCGGAGAGACGGAAGACAUCUAAGCAGCGGACGCAGAGUGGUGUAGAGCAGACGGAGCAGCUUAGCCAUGCUUACACUGGCCAGCAAGUUGAAGAAGGACGAUGGGGGAAAGACAGGCCGUGCCUCUGGAGCCUCUGACUCCACCCACAGGGUCUCCAUCAGAGAUCGCCUCCUCACCAAAGAAGUUGCAGAACUUGAAGCCAAUCUCCCUAGUACAUGCAAAGCCAGUUUCCCAGAUGAGAAUAAGCUGCAUCACUUUCAGCUGGCUGUGUCUCCUGAUGAGGGUUAUUACCAAAGUGGAAGGUUUCAGUUUGAAAUAGAUGUCCCUGAAGCCUAUAACAUGGUGCCUCCUAAAGUCAGAUGUCUGACCAGAAUAUGGCAUCCGAAUAUCACAGAAAAUGGAGAGAUCUGUUUGAGCUUAUUGAGAGAACAUUCAAUUGACGGCACAGGUUGGGCACCAACUAGAACAUUAAAGGAUGUGGUCUGGGGAUUGAACUCCUUGUUUACUGACCUGCUGAACUUUGAUGACCCACUGAACAUCGAUGCAGCAGAACAUCAUCUGAGAGACAAGGAGGAUUUUCGAAGUAAGGUUCAAGAUUACAUCAAGCACUACGCCAGAUGAUAGAUGGAUCGGCUUCCCCAAGCAGCCGUGCGACAAACAACCAAACUGCUCUACCUUGCCUCUGCUUAUCUGGCCGACUCCUCCACGUGUGAAACAGCAGCAGACUCUUUGACUCUUACUACUCCCCUCCACCUCUACAUGACUCUGCAACCCCCGCAAUAAACUUCACACUGCAGAAAUAAUAAAAAAAAUAGUAAAAAACUAAACAGAAUUAUGAAUGCUUCAAAGGAAGGACUUGCAAACGAAAUAUAUGCUUUAAUUAUGCUAAUAAGUUGAUUGUUACAGCAGCAACAAUGUCUGAGUCGGUGCCAGCGCCUCGCUAAGGUGAACACGAGCCUGUUGGGAACGAGCCGUGGCAGGAAAAACACAACAUGGAGUCUCACAUGAUGUUUCACCGAAAAAGAUCAGAAGUCACACUUGGCUGUUUUUAAAUACAAGCUGAGAAAAGAACAAAUAUCUGUUACUAUCAGCUCUCUGUUUCAGUGCCUGCAUUGUUUAUGUUGCUUAUGAGAAAGUGCAUGGGGGGUCUACAAAUGUUCACACAUGCAAAAAAACAAAACAAAACAAAAAAAACACGCGUCAUAUGUCGUCGUAGAGGGUGAGCAUACACACUCACACACGAAGGUUCCUCAUUAGACAGCAUGUGAAUGAUCACGUUUUGUUUCCGUUCUCAGAGCAUGUUUGUGUUGUCCUGUGCUCAGCAUUUAAAUCACCUCUAAUCUCUUUAUACGUUGCUUCCAAGUUCUCCAGGUCUUUUUCUUUCGACUUUGUUGACUUUAUUACCAUAUUUUCUAAUAAUUUACAGAAAUUGGGGGUGGUUUAAAAUCUUUGCACAGUUCUCCAGCAGGUUACGCACACAAAACAUCUCAUAGAGAUAAUUUGAGUGUUUUCAUCUCCAGAUACAUAAAAUACUGCCAUGACAAACAAAAAGCCACAUGUAUCUUUCUUUCUUUUUUUUAUUUAAUUCACCCCCUUUUUCAUCUGCGCUCUUUACACCUUCGUAUCUCGAUCACGGCGUGUAUGAGAAGCUUUUUGCAAACUAACAGUGCAAUCCAAAAGUGCUUUGACAUCUCACUGGUAAAGUUGGCUUUGUACUUAAAUACUAUCAAGUUUUAAGUGAAAUCAUGAGGACUUUAAAUGACUGGUUCAGAUUUAAUUUUUGCACCCAUGAGAAAUAAAUAGUGAUGGAAUUUUA